AUGUCUGAAGAAGUAGAACUCGAUGCGAUCGGCUCAGAUGGAGAGGAAGUCGACGAAGAGACAGGUCUGACGGGCAAAGAGCGCCAGAAACAUCUGCAGCGCAAGAGACGGCAGGAUGCGCUCGAUGCGCGCAUCGCCGGCGGGAAUGGGCUAUCGCUCGAAGAGAGACAACGGGCAGACCGCAAUGUUUGGAGGAAGUUGCUGGUCAAUUCCAUGCUGAUCGUGGCGUGGUAUGUGUUUUCGCUGUCAAUAUCCUUGUACAACAAGUGGAUGUUCUCUUCUACCAGCGAAGGAAAAGGCCUCGACUUCCACUUCCCGCUCUUCGUCACAUCUCUACACAUGGUAGUGCAAUUUCUCCUAGCCAGUCUCGUCCUCCUCAUCUUCCCACACCUCCGACCAUCAGUCCCUAAGAACCCCGACCCAACCUCGCCGCCUUCGAAACCACUCGUCACACCACUCUUCUACAUCACCCGCCUCGUCCCCACGGGAGUCUCAACGUCCUUGGACAUCGGCCUGGGCAACACGUCUCUUCGCUACAUCACCCUCACCUUCUACACCAUGUGCAAGUCCUCCGUCCUGAUCUUCGUCCUCACCUUCGCCUUCGCUUUCCGGCUCGAGCAGCCGUCUAUCAAGCUCAUCCUCAUCAUCCUCACCAUGACGCUUGGCGUCCUUCUCAUGGUCUACGGCGAGACCGCCUUCCACUUGUUGGGCUUCUGCCUGGCCAUGUCCGCCUCCUUCUUCAGCGGCUUCCGAUGGGGCCUCACUCAGAUCCUGUUGCUACGGCAUCCAGCAACAAGCAACCCCUUUGCCACGCUCUUCUUCCUGGCGCCUAUCAUGUUCGUGACGCUGUUCACCAUUGCGCUGUUCGCAGAGCAGCCCUCGGCGAUCGUUUCGGGCCUACAUAUACUGGUCUCGGAACAAGGGCUCGCCAAGUCCCUGUUCCUGCUCAUCAUCCCUGGCAGUUUGGCAUUCUGCAUGAUUGCAGCAGAGUUCACUCUACUGCAGCGUACCAGCGUGGUCACACUGAGCAUCUGCGGCAUCUUUAAGGAAGUCGUCACGAUCUCAGCCGCGGGCAUUAUCUUCCAUGACGAGCUGAGCGCGGUCAACGUCAGUGGGCUGCUGGUCACGAUAGCGUGUAUUGCAUACUACAACUACUUCAAAGUGAACAAGAUGCGAGAGGACGCGAGGAGGAAAUUGGAGAAGAGGGUCGAAGAUUGUCACGACGCUUUGAACAACGCGAAUGGGCGGAUAAGGAGAGAAGCGGCGUUUAAGGAGGACGAUGACGAGGAUGAGUUCUCGGGAGGAGAAGGAAGUGGCAGGAGGAGUGACGAGCGGGAUCGCUUAGUCAAUGGGUCAGCAGGCCGUGCUGGCGGCGACGCAGGGAGCUCUCAAGGAAUAUGA